AGGGAGCAGCAUGAGGCUGUGGGAGUCCGUCCUCCAAAUUCGGCGCAUCAUUCCGGGUUCGCUUUCCCCUUUGGAUUCGUGAGCAGCACUGCAGAGAGGGCAUGAGGGUUCUGGAGGAUAGCCACUAAUUUGAAGUGUUUAAGUUCAUACAAUUCCUUGUUAUUAUUGACUUCCUGUUAGGGUGAAGCAAGUAAUGGGCCGUCACAAUAAAGAUGGCAGUAGCGACUUCACCACGGCAACGACGACGCCAAUCGUCUACUGGGGCAACGACAGAAUUCGGUUCCGGCCCGCAAGUUUGACGUCACUUCCGCUCCCGGUUCGGUGGCUUGCGCGCCGGUUUUCCUGCUGUAGCUGUGAAUGGACCCGGCGCGGUGAGUGGACUCCGAGCAGAGUGUCGCGGAGCGAAUCCGGAGGAACAUGAGGCCACGAAUAUGGAAAGGGGAGGCGGGAAGCUCGCAGCUGUUGUCGCAGUCGUGACUGAGCCUCAGUUUACCCAGCGAUACAGGGACUAUCUCGAGAGGGAGAAACUCUUGGACAGACAGCACCGCGUGGAAAAGAUGCCGGACGGCACCGUGGCGCUACCCGUGCGGGGAGAGGCGCUCCCUGAGCAGCACCUGCAGGAGCUGAGGACUCAUGUGGCCCCAGGCAGCACCUGUACGCUAACGCAGCUCUUGGAUCCUGUUCCUUCCAAGAAGGCCCAAGCUUGUUCACCUGCCCAAAGGCUGUGUCUUGAGGUGAGUCGCUGGGUGGAGGCCCGAGGAGUGACGUGGUCGGCUGAGUUGGAGGCUGAUUUGCCUCGAUCUUGGCAACGGCACGGUAACCUCUUGUUGCUGAGUGAGGACUGUUUCCAAGCCAAGCAGUGGAAAAAUCUGGAACCAGAACUCUGGGAGAUUGUUGCCUCGGCACUUGGCGUCCAGCGUUUGGCCAAACGAGGACGGGUAUUACCGGAUGGCACUCGAACUCCAGCGGUGACAAUGCUGCUGGGCGACGAUGGCUGGGUCGAGCAUGUGGAUAAUGGGAUCCGAUAUAAGUUUGACGUAACUCAGUGCAUGUUCUCCUUCGGAAACAUCAGCGAGAAGCUUCGCGUGGCAUCGCUGCCCUGUGCUGGACAAGUGCUGGUGGAUCUCUAUGCAGGGAUUGGUUAUUUUACGUUGCCCUUCCUAGUUCAUGCUGGUGCUGCCUUCGUCCAUGCCUGUGAGUGGAACCCCCAUGCUGAAGUUGCUCUGAGAAAUAACCUUGAGAUUAAUGGAGUAGCAGAUCGGUGCCAAAUACACUUCGGGGAUAAUAGAAAAUUGAAGCUCUCAAACGUUGCAGACCGGGUGUACCUGGGGCUCAUUCCCAGCUCUGAAGAAGGCUGGCCCAUUGCCUGCCAAGUGCUACGAAAGGACACUGGGGGCGUUUUGCAUAUCCACCAAAAUGUGGAAUCUUUCCCAGGGAAGAAUCUCCAGCCUCCUGGAAGCAGUGAACUGGGGAAGGAGCACUGGCCUUAUCCUCAGCAAAUUAUCCCCAACCAACGGGAACAUGAAGCUCCCGGGGAUUCCAGGAGAAAAGUGCUGUCAGCAGCCAUCAAGCCAGAAUGGCACAGAUGGGCAGAAUCUGCAGAAACUCGCAUCGUCGCUCUUCUUCAGCAGGUGCACGGGAAACCGUGGAAGACACGAGUCUUGCACAUCCAGCCAGUGAAAUCCUACGCUCCCCAUGUGGAUCACAUCGUCCUGGAUCUGGAGUGCCGCCCCUGUCCUCUGGUUGGCUAAAGAAGGUAGAUUCUGAGAUGCGAGGAUCUAUGUAUGAGCAAGUGACCCUUAGUUCCUCAGCUCAGGCCGGGUUCUCACCCCUCUUGUCUCUGGGUAAUCUGUUUUAACAUUUUGUGGCCCUGAAAGCAGCUCUGGACCAAUCCAAACCACUUCAUUUGUCUUCCAUUGAUCCCACCGAGAAUGAGCUACACGUCUGGGAGAAGCAACGUGGCUGGCUCACUGAAACGAGGCCCAUCUGCGCAGUCAGUGAAUCCGAAUUCGGACCUCAGUUCUGUUUGACCUUGGGUACAUGGUUUCAGUAUUCUUUUGGCCUUGGAUUUUCUUAUUUGCAUAUGAAGGUUCCUUUGAACUACCUCACAUGGCUUUUGUU